GCUGCUGGCCUGUAUAACACUAUAACGCACUAAAGCCCACACAGUUCCUCUAAUUUGAAUACCUGUCGAUCAUCUCUCAUCCUGCUCGGGAGAGAGAGAGAGAGAGAGAGAGAGAGGCUGAGAGGUUUAAGGGUACUUGCAGUUGCAUGCUUCUUUCUUCAUUGAAUAAACAAAAAUGGAGUCUUUGCGACUUGCCUCCUUCUCCAAACCUUCCUCACUUACCAUUGGUGGGAGUGACCGGAGCAGUGACAGAUUCAAGAAGGUUUGCUUUCCAACUGGCAAACUUUCAGGAUGUGGAGCAUGGAACAUCCUAAAUAUGUCCUUGGAUGUCAGGUCUCAGCAGCAUCUUCUGAGGCAUCACAUUGGACGCUUUGAGGAAAGAACCACUUUUUACAAGAGAAUUGAUAAAAAGUGCCUGGUGAAUGCAGCCUCUGGACACCCUCUUGAAUCUGAGCCUGGAGCUUAUAAACCGAAAAGCAUUGGAGACUCUUUCAAAAAUGCCUUAGAUGCUUUCUACAGGUUUUCACGGCCACACACAGUUAUAGGCACAGCAUUAAGCAUUAUCUCAGUUUCUCUCCUCGCAGUUGAGAAGCUGUCAGAUAUAUCCCCAUUGUUUUUCACGGGGGUGUUGGAGGCUGUGGUUGCUGCCCUAUUCAUGAAUAUUUAUAUUGUUGGUCUAAAUCAGUUGACUGACAUUGACAUAGACAAGGUUAACAAGCCAUAUCUUCCAUUAGCAUCAGGGGAAUUUUCAAUUGGAACUGGUCUCAUGAUUGUGACCUCUUUCUCCAUUCUGAGUUUUUGGCUUGGAUGGAUUGUUGGUUCAUGGCCAUUGUUUUGGGCUCUCUUCAUCAGUUUUUUGCUUGGAACUGCUUAUUCAAUCAACUUGCCUCUACUGAGAUGGAAGAGAUUUGCUGUGGUUGCUGCAAUGUGCAUCCUAGUUGUGCGAGCGGUGAUUGUUCAACUUGCAUUUUUUCUGCACAUGCAGACCCAUGUGUACAAAAGACCCGCCGUCUUUUCAUGGCCGCUGAUUUUUGCAACUGCAUUCAUGAGCUUUUUUUCAGUUGUAAUAGCAUUAUUUAAGGACAUACCUGAUAUUGAUGGAGAUAAAAUAUACGGCAUCCGCUCUUUUUCAGUACGGUUGGGUCAAAGUCGGGUAUUUUGGAUUUGUAUUGUCCUACUUGAAAUUGCUUAUGGUGUUGCCCUUUCAGUGGGAGUAGCAGCUUGCUGCUCCUGGAGCAAACUCAUCACGGUUUCAGGACAUGCAAUAUUGGCUACAAUACUCUGGAAUCGUGCUAAAACUGUUGAUCUGAAGAGCAAAGCUGCAAUCACUUCUUUUUACAUGUUUAUUUGGAAGCUCUUCUAUGUGGAGUACUUACUCAUACCACUUGUGAGGUGAGGGUGCAGAAAUGUUUUAAGAAAGGGUUGAUUGUUGAAGUGAUGUAUGCCUUUCAGUUGAUGGGAUGUGUGUUUUGCAUGGCACUCUUGGCCUAAUUUGCUUUCUUGGAUAUCAUGUUCAAGAAUUUGUUAAUGCAUUUGGAAAAAAAUAAUUUCAUUAGGCAUUCCUUGA